ACGUACACCUCAUCGAGUGACAUAUCACUGUGAUUAUAUUUAACACCGCUGUUUUGUCUGAAAUGAUAUGAAUCAGUAAAACAUUGAUAAGAUAAUUUUGUUCUAAUUUAUCAUUAAUUACAUUAAUAACACCUGUAAAAUACGCAAAUAUGUCAGGCUUCGAUGAAAAUCCAUUUGGUGAUCCAACUAUUGACAAUCCGUUUGCGGAUCCAUCUGUUCAACAAGUGGCAAAAAAUACAAGCAGUAUGCAACGAGGAUUAGAUGAUUAUAACCCAUUUGCAGAUCAACCUGGUAGCCAACCACCCACGGGCACCAUGGCUGCAAAUCAACCUGCAAUUAUGCAACCAUCAUCCGAUCCACCACAAUAUUCGCGUAGUGCCCAACAAACUGUUCCUACUGGAACUAUACCAUCAUCUGCAACUGCUGCUGAAUUUCAGGAAUUAAAGAGAAGACAAGAAGAAUUAGAAAGAAAAGCUCAAGAAUUAGCACGAAGAGAAGAAGAAUUACGAUCGGGAGCUUAUAAUGUACGUCGUAAUAAUUGGCCACCACUACCAGCUCAAUGUCCAUUUCAACCAUGUUUUUAUCAAGAUAUUGAAGUUGAUAUCCCAUUGGAAUUUCAAAAAAUAGUGCGACAUUUAUAUUAUUUAUGGAUGUUUCAUGCUGGCUUAAUGGUGUUAAAUGUAUUGGGUGGCAUUCUUCUUAUAUUUAAAAGUGGUGAAUUCACUGUAUUCGGUUUGGGUAUAAUAUAUGGUGCCAUUUUUGUACCAUUAUCAUUUUUAUGUUGGUUCCGACCUGCAUAUAAAGCAUUCAGAAGUGAUUCGUCUUUUAAUUUUAUGGUUUUCUUUUUCAUCUUCUUCUUUCAAUUUAUUGUAACGUUAGUUCAAUUUAUAGGAAUGCGGGAUUCCGGAUUUUGUGGGUUAAUAACAGCGUUAACACAUUUUGAAAAAUCUGCGUCUGGUAUAAUUAUAGGUACAAUACUUCUUACAAUUGCUUUUGGCUUUGGAUCUGCUGCAUUAUUGGAUAUUUUGCUCUUAGGAAAAAUUCAUAGAAUGUACCGAAGUACCGGAGCAAGUUUUGCAAAAGCUCAGCAGGAAUUUGCAACAGAAUUUUUAAAGAAUCAACAUGUACAAAAUGUUGCAACAAAUGCGGCGGCUGCUGCAGUACAAACACAGUUUUCACAGGGCAAUCGAUAUUAGCAAUCAACAACAUAACACUAACAAACAACAAAAACAGAGAUUUAGAAAAAACAGAGAGGGUAUUCAUUGAUUUUGUUUUAACCAACGUCCAAUUGUUUGUGAACAUUUGCACUUACGAAUUACUUAGAUAUAAUAUAUAUUUAAUAAAAAUAUGUUCUUAUUGUGAAUUAUAAUU